AUGGAUGAACGUGUAGCUCGCGCCAGGAGCAGCUCAAGUGCCUCAAGUUUAUUUUUCCCAACACCGAAAGCUCCGCCACAAAGGGGUAAUUUCCUCAUGACCUAUUUCUCGUGCCCUGUUGGUUCUUUGGAGCAGAACUCGGUUCACUCCUCGGCUCGGCCUCGAGGAGCAACACUGAUCACUGAAAACACAUACAAAAUGGAACCAGACAAGAGAUUCAGCGUGGCUGAGGUGAGAGCUAUUCUUCAUCAACAUCUUCAGUCUCUUGAAACACAAAAAUACGAUGCUAAACUGUGCAGAGAGAUGGCCAAAGGAAUGUGUAACUCCAUCAUGAGUGAUUUAAAGUUGCUGGGGUAUUCACGGUUCAAGUUUGUCUGUUCCGUCACGAUAGGACAAAAUAAAGGCCAGGGUGUGAGAAUAGCCAGCCGAUCUGUUUGGGACACUAAUUGCGACCAGUUCGUGUCUGAAAGCUUCAAGAAUGAAACCUUGUUUGCUGUUGGAGUAGUGUUUGGAGUUUACAAAGAGUGA